AUGUCAAGCAUAUUCAAACGAAGAUCAAGGGCUUAUCCGGGUGUGCAAACUUGUCUGGGGAGCUUCAUAGGUAUCUCCAAUGAGCGACAUUGGUGGUAUGCAACAGGAAAGGCGAGAGAAGACUUCGAAGCUGUUGAAGCAUAUGUCCAGGAACAGCUCGAGGCGGACAUGAAGGACAGCUAUCGCAGCACUGUGUACUUCAAGCUUUUCAUGAUAGGAAGGGACGAAAUAUCUGCGAAACCAACAAUCAUGUUCUUUUGUGAGGAAAAGGAACCACGCGAAAGAGCAAAGAAGGUGCUCGACAAAAGGGGGCUGUUGCUUCGACUGCCCGGGUUCCGCACUGGCCAUCAAAGUGAACAACCAAUAACUGGACCACUAGUUCAACCAGCCGACGUGUCAGAAAAUAAGGAUUUGAGUCCAGAAAGGGUUGACCACCUGACUGAGGCUUAUUACGACCCCCAAGGGAGUGUGGGAGCACUCGGCAUGGCUAUAUUUGCUAAGCACCGCAAUGGAAGAUGGCGAAAGGCAACUGCUUAUAGAGUCUAUCAAGGGGAAAAAUGCUUCUUGAUGUCUGUGUCACAUAUCUUCGUUGAGCAGACGUUAUCCGAUCGUGACGGCACAUUAGACAAUGACGGCGAUUAUGACUUCGGCAGCGACUGCAGUAGCGACACAGGCGAACAGGUUCAACCGAUUCAGACGUCUAACGGAAAGCUAGAUUCCGAACAACACGAUUCUAGUAGGAGUCCAUCACUCAAUUCAAAUACACAAAAUGGGCCAAAAGACGAAUCCAAUCAAUUCUUCAUCACGAAGAAUGAAGACGGGUCAGCCUUCAAGCCACUCGGCGUGCUACUUAAAUUAUCCGCAGAUCAGGACUGGGUACUGAUAGACGUAAGAGAUGACUUUGUCGCCAUCCGCCUCGAGACAGACAUAUCAAUAUCGAAGAACUUAUCGGUUGCCAGUAUGACAGGAAGUGUGAGAGAAGUCAAGUACUGGACAACACUAAGAGCUGACGGCAUCCAAAUCGGGUUCAGGGGAACGCUAUCAGAAAGUCGCACAUACAUGCGGUUACCAGGAAGUUUGACCUUUCGGACAGUAUAUCAUGUCGAUCUAGAAGAGCCCAUCAACUGGGGCGACUGUGGAGGUUUGGUGUGCGAUGUGGAGACAGGGUCAUUAUACGGACAUGUGGUCGCAAGCUCAGGCGAUAUGCGUCGCGCGUAUAUCAUACCAUCUCGUGACGUCUUCAAUUCCUCAGGAACGAUGUGGCAUCCAUCUGCACCUACACCGUUAAGUCCUUCUGCUCCCGAGCAGAUGCGUAGUGGCUACGGAACGAUGCCAAGUGCACCGUUGAUGAUGCCACAAAAGCCGAAUUCAACGGCCAAAUACUCUUCAUGGCCGAGACAUGUUUUAGGGGUUGAAACAUUGAAAUCAGAAGAGGCAUCCUUCGAAAGCAUACUGCCAAAAGGCCAAGAACCGUACGCAGAGCAUGCGAUAAUGCUGGGUGAGCAAGACGGCACACAAUCGCAGGAACGGUUGAGCCAUGACAGCGAGAUGUCCUACAGCUUUCGUUUCGACGAGUUCACGAAUAUCCCGGAAUACCUUGGAAAACGUGGUAAAAAUGAGCUGUGGGAACCGAGUGCUGUGUCAGGAGACAACAUUCGCAUUCCUGGGUCACUACCCGACCAAUGGUGGAGCUUCACAGGAGGUCAAAUCCAACCAGUUGAACGCUGGGAUAUCUCCAAGGAGGUCAAACCUUAUAAGACUGUUUCCAUGAUGUACCUCGAGGGGUUUGGCUUCUGUAUCAUGGAGGCGGAUGCUACGAUGCCACGACCCCAUGAGGUCUGGCACCCUUUGUCAUUCGAAUGGAAGAUUGAUACAAUGGCGUCUCUUCUGAAGAUUAAGGGAACAGAACCCAGAUUGUUUACCAAAAGCAACGCUCAAUGGGUCAAGAUGCUCCUACCUGCCAUGUAUCAUGGGUUCAUUGAACCGAACAUAGGGGACCACGGUGGCCUUUCGGGAGAUCUGGGCAUAUUCCUUGCGCUGCUCGCUUUUCUCGAUAAAGCCCGAUAG